GCCUGCUCUGACUCUUGCUGUAGAUCCAGCCUGCGGUACCUGCCGCUAGAAGUGCCGCAGAUGUGACAGUGUCCGUCCUUCUUGCCAGCGGUGCAAAAGCAAAGGGUUGCACUGUGAAGGAUAUCCUCCACGGUUUUAGAUUGUGCAUAGCCAAUCGCCCAAACGGCGCUGGCUGCGAAGUGAUACAGAUACAUCGCAUUUUGAGCUCGGCUCGAGCAAGUACAGGAAAUCCGAAAAUAUGGUCAACGUACGAGAAAAAAAGAUGAAUGGGAGAGCCAAACGACGGACAGACCGUGAGCAGACUCCCCAGGAUGAGAUUUUGCAGGCUGUGCUUCCGAGUCCCCCUUCCAGUUCAUCGCCAAUUGACGACAUCCUGGCCGUAUGUGAAAAUCAAAAUCUCCUUUUGCAUUUCGAUAAAAUCGUAUGCAAUACACUCAUAAUCACCGAGGGGCUGCAGAAUCCCUUCCGAUGCUAUAUCCUCCCUCUCGCAUAUCAAAACACAGGAAUCCUGCAGGCUCUGCUCAGCUUGGCAGCACGGCAUAUGAUUUCUUCUGGCGGUAGACCAGAGCAGGUCAACAAGGCAGCAAUGAUCGAGCAUCAACUGUGUGCUGUGCGGUCGUUGAGCUCUCUCCUCAUGAAGGAGGAAAUGUACGGCUUGACAGAUGAAGAGCAGGAUAUCACUCUGGCAGUUGUUCUCCUCCUUGUUCUAUUUGAUAUAUGUGAGUCCGGUAUAUCAUCACACGGGGUACAUCUUACCGGAGUUGCCUUCAUUUGCACGCGGCUGUGCCGCCGUCCGAAGAUUCUCCAUUCACCAAGAACAACCUUCUUUCUCACAGCAUUGGCCUGGCUAGACGUCCUUCGAGGCUUCAGUGGUGCUGAGAAACUAGCAUACGGCGACGAAGUCCGCAAAUGCAUUCUCGACGCCGGCUAUUUUGAUCUGGAAACUCUCGUGGGAUGCCCGGUCGAGCUGUUCUAUAAUAUCGGGGGUGUCCUGGCGGCUGGAAAAGAAUAUCGAAAUGGGAAUUUGACCUUGCCAGACUUUGAGGCUGUGCUGGCCGAUGCGGAGCUCUGCUUCCGCACCUGGACACCUGGAAGUGAUUCUCAACCAAGCAACGACGCAAACCGGAGAGCGCUGGGGGACGCCUAUCGCCAUGCCUGUAUUCUUCGUGUUCUGCGAUUUCUGGAUACGUAUUCCCUUCCCUGUGAAUCAGAGAAAGUCCAAGCAUCGGUGGCGGCAGUCCUUGAUGCUUCAGCGACCGUGCCAACCAGUUCACCGUGGUUCAAGCGUCUUCUGUUCCCCUUGUUUAAGGCUGUGGCGGAGACAUCGGUACCACACCAGAAGAGAUAUGUGGAUCUCUGCAUCAGCGAGAUCAAACGCUCGACUGGAUUUCAGCAUCCAGCCAUGUCAGACCUCCUCACCGAGGUGUGGUGUGAACGAGAGAGACAUGCUGGUGAAUUGAUCAAUGUGCCUUGGAUGGACUUUACCUGCUCUAAUCAUCUCAUGCGACAGCAUGAUUAUCUAUUCUUUUGAAUGGGCUAUACUUCUACAUCUCUCAAGAUUCUAAGUGAAGCCUUCGCAUUUGCAUGACAAUAUGGGGAAACCUAUACAGAGGAAAAACUCAAACCAAGGCGCCGGAAAGGAGCUCGCUGUUGGAGCAUGAUGCUCCUUGGAAUACACAGUGUAGAGCUACCAGCUCAAGGCUAUCCACGUCGUAAUUUAGUUAGUAGUGUAUCCAGGAUUAUUAGUUCCAGCAGCAAGCAUCACUUACAGGCUAUAAUACUUUGUCAGUCC